AUGGAUUCAGACUCGGAAUCGUACGAGAAAACAGGAGGAAACCCCCCAAAAGACAUCCUUGAGCCCGCCGUACUCCUUUUGUCAGGUCAAACUGUCAUCGCUGAGGCUGCGACUUCAGCCCCACUUUACCAAAUAAACAGUGACAUCCGAUCAAUCUCGAACAAGGACUCGUCCGUGGCGUUCGAAAGAGUCGAGAACGAUGUAUCAGAGAUCGAGGAGAGCGUCACUUCUGGAACACUGCGAAAGCGACAUCUGUUCUAUCUUGCACAUCCUGCGAAUGCGCGAUACCGAACCGACAUACCUGCUAGGUACUACAUCACUUCUGCGGUAUCCGAGAUGGUAGGCAAUAUUCGCCUCGAGAUUUCCGAGGCCCGGUUGCAAAAGACGUCUUUCAAGGCGAUGUUAAGCGCGAAAAAAACCGCCUCAGAUAACCCAUUAUUCCAUGAGGGCACAAAACAACUCCGGUUGUUUGAUAUCCAACCAAAUUGGAAAGUAGGUCGCAAUUGCUAUAAGUGGAGCGAUUCCAAUGGCAGGCAGGUGGCUAUUGAAGAAAAGGAGGAUGACAGAUAUAAAUUAUCCGUCACGACAAGUAUGUCGCAGGAGUUGAGGGAUGCAUUGGUCGCUACGUGGCUGCUGAGGCUGUGGCACGACACGGCCGAGAGUAAACAAGCUAAAAGAGAAUUCUUUGAAAGCAUGGCUUCGCCAGAAGCGUAUAAGGAAAGCAUGGAUCCAUAUAUGCCAAGGCAGUGCAUUAUGAUGUGA